GCCUUGAUCACUGAUGCAACUGUCCAAUUGAUCUUUCAUCCCGGCAAUGACCUGAAAUCGAGAUGGCUCCGCGGUGCCCAGGCGGAUCACCGCAUUUCCUGCCCUUCCUUUACCCUGCAUUGUUCCUGAGUCGGGCAUCAGGAUCAUCACGCCUCGCAGCCGCAGCUGUCCAAGUUCGACACCACAUUUCCGAGCCAGCGUCUGGCGAGCAACCCACCUCCAGGCUCGACCCCAGGGCCGACGACUACUAUGUGACCAAUUUUGCAGAUAAAGCAAAGCUCCGCAUAUACGCUGGCGCCGGCGGUGGCGGUUGUAUCAGCUUUGCCCGCGAGGCCUACCUGCCUGACGGCCCGCCCAACGGCGGCGACGGGGGCCACGGCGGCAAUGUCUACAUCCAGGCAGUCCACGGCGAGACCUCGCUGCAUAAACUGGCUCGGAGAAGAUUCAUCAGGGCAACCAGGGGGACGAACGGGCAGGGAAGCAACAAGGCAGGCAAGCGUGGCGAGGAUGUUAUCAUUACCGUACCGGUGGGUACGGUUGUGCGCGAGCUUAGCCGCGAGGACCCCGAGGUCGAAGAGCAGUACCGCCAAAGAUUAUACAAGAGGAACAAAGCCCUCCCGAAGCCGGAAGACGACAGCACUGACGCCCAGAGAGACCGAGUUUCUGAGGAGCCAGAGUACGAUAAUCCAGAACUGGAGAAAUGGAUACUCUACCCCGGUAUAGCAUCGUCCGAAAAGAAGAAAAUAUUGGUGCCAGAUCUGCCUGCUAGGGACAAGCUCUUUGCCCAGCCUCGAGCACCGAUCCAACUGGACCUGUCAAAGCCCAUGGCACGGCCCGUCCUCCUCGCAGCCGGAGCACUGGGCGGGCUGGGCAACCCACACUUUUCAUCCCGCGAACGGCCCCGACCGCUGUUCGCCACAAAGGGCGACAAGGCCAUUUCCAUGGAGAUAGAACUGGAGCUGAAGCUCCUCGCGGACGUCGGGCUGGUCGGCCUUCCCAACGCCGGGAAAAGCACACUCGUGCGGGCAUUAACCAACAGUCGCGCGAGGGUAGGCUCUUGGGCCUUCACAACAUUGCAACCCAACAUCGGCACCGUGGUGCUUGACAACAACCGUGGCAGGCCAGUGGUCAAGAGCUACCAUCACCAAGACGUGCAGGACAGCUGGGACGGCGACACCGAGGUGGUGCAGAGGACGAGGUUCACCAUCGCGGACAUCCCGGGUCUGAUUGAAGGCGCGCACCUGGACAAGGGCUUAGGUAUCGCCUUCUUGCGGCACGUGGAAAGGGCUGGCGUCCUUGCAUUCGUGGUCGACCUGAGCGCGGGAGACGCAGUGAAGGCGCUGAAGGCACUGUGGAACGAAGUCGGGCUGUACGCCCAGAUGCGCGAGGAAGAGGAGCAAGACAGGGAACGGGAGGCGAGGAUCGAGAAGGGUCUCGACCCUGACGCUGAAGAAGAGGAAUCGCAAACGUGGGCCCAGGACUGGCCUAUCUAUUCGGAGUAUCCCAAUGCCCCGGGGAAGCAGGCCGGACUGAACAUCGCGGCUAAGCCUUGGUUCGUGAUCGCGACCAAGGGUGACUUGCCCAAUACCCAAGAGAACUUCAAGAGUUUGCGGGAGUAUCUGACAAGGGUCACUAACGGCGAUGAGCUCCACCCAAGUGGUGUUGAAGGUGCUUGGGUCAAGGACUGUGCGGCAAUCCCAGUCAGUGCACUGAAGGGACAGGGCGUGGAAAGGAUCAUCCACUGGACUGUCGGGCUGCUGGAUGGAUGAGAUGUCCCCUGCUUCCACGAUAUGUGCUAUGUGCGACAAUCUUUCGAACUUGUGCAUUUGUAUAUGUACAACAUAUAUCCGGAAGAGCAGAUACAGGUCUAGUCAUUUAUGAAAUGUCACAGUACAGCCCUAG